AUGGUGGACGCCAUUCAGUCGCUGUUCGACAGUGAGGCGGAGCACGGAGUGAUCAGAGUGGGUCCUCUGCCAGAUGAAUUCACCAGCGCGCUGUUUACCAGAGAGGCCUUCGCGGCAGGUGCGCUGAGGGCCGCGGAUCUGGUGGCCUGGGCCGUUGUGGAGAUGGACCUGCUGUAUGGGUCUGUGCAAGCUCACCACGGACUGCGAGAGGAAAGCAAAGAAUUCAAGGUGGCACUGGACAAGGUGAACAAGAAGCCGUUCCGUGACUCGUGGAAGUCAGCUGUGGCGACGAUUUCUGGUGGCCCCUCCCCUUGCAAGAGUGCGAGUGGAAACUCAGCAUGUCAAGAAUGCCCUUCCUCUAAAAAAUCCACGGGCAGUAGACAAGCAGCAGACCAGGGCAGGCAGAAGCUAUCUCUACCAGGGAAGCGCAUCCCUGGAACCUUGCUGUGGCAGCUGCAGGAGCUGCAGCAGUACGUGCGAGUACCUCUGAGUGCAAUGGCGCAUUCCACCAAGUGCCUGCCUGUGUUCCCGCUCACCGAGGCGGACAACAUGCUGCACGUGCUGCAGAUACUGGCACACGUGGAUGACUCUGUCGUGCUGCUGCCAGGCAACAAAGGCCACUCCGACUCCAUCAUCACUCAGGAGGAUAUGUUCCAUCAGGUGGCGUUGAUAGCACAGCAUGACCCGUGGUCUUCGUACCUGGAUCAGGUCACCAUCGCCAUGUGCAGCGCGGCAGUGGUGCAGCCAGUGAGGGUGCGCGCCGCGUGUCCAUUGCCAGAGGCCGUGCGGUCGAUGUGGGUGUGCAACGCGGGAGAGGCCGUGGUGGACAGCGGGGUGGGAGAAAGGGAGAGGAAGAGGGAGGAGGAAAGGGAGGGGGAGGGUGUGGGGACGUCAUGCGCGUACGACGUACUUCGACUGCGCGACCUCGAGUUGCUGAUGGAUCUCAACUGCACUCCCGCCGACCUCAGGGACCUGUCGGUGGCGGAUUUCCUGAACAUCGUGAGGUCCCAGGGCGGAGGGGGCGCGGUGGCGAAACAUCUCACGUGCGGCGCGGCGAACACUAUGCGCGAAGUGAUCGUUGCGAUGGCGGAUUCGGGAGGGAUGGCCAUUGUGGAAAUGGGAGGCGAGGCUGUGGGAUUGGUGUCCGCAGCGUCCGUCGUGAAAUGGCUGUGGCAGGCGAUGCUCCCCCCUGCCCUAGAUACUUCCUUCUAG